AUGCCAUGUACGGAAAGCGAACCGCUGGUAUGUCGGUGGGAAUCAGCAUCCUGCCCCUCGUUAAUAUACCGAACUAGUUUUGACUCCAGUAUAGGAAUAUUUGGAUACUCCCAUUUCACGGGAGGCUUUGCCGGUGGCCAGGCAGAGUACAUCCGGGUACCAUAUGGCAAUGUCAAUUUGCUUCCCAUACCCGCUGACGUGCCUGAUGAGAAGGCUCUCUACCUCUCUGAUGUCGUUGCUACCUCUUGGCAUUGCGUGGUCGAUACUGGUGUCCAAAAAGGCGACAUCGUUGGCAUUUGGGGUGGUGGCCCAAUUGGGCAGAUGACCGCUGAGUUCUGUUUCUUCCAUGGAGCCGGUCGAGUUAUCUUGAUUGAUGGUGGUGAUGCUGCAUGGCGUUUGGAUUUCCUCAAACAAAAAAUGCCCAAGCUAGAGACGCUUAACUUUACACAGUUAUCCCGGGGCGAUUCUGUGACAUCUCGACUGAAAGAGAUGGUUCCUGGUGGUCUUGACAUCGCUCUCGAGUGUGCUGCGGGUGAGUACGCCAAAGGGUGGGCACAUUACUUUGAACAAAUGGUGGGGAUGGAAACGGAUACAUCUGAAUUGCUGAAUGAGAUGAUCACUUCUGUUCACGCAUUCGGAAGGGUUGGCGUGACAGGUGUCUACGCAGGAUAUGUGAGUGAUUCUUUCGAGGCAAAGUGA